UUUUUUUUUGGUAAAAUAGUUUUUUUGAGUGGUUUAAUAUGGAUCCACAAUAUUUAUUGAAGGAUGAAGUGGAGUUUGAGCUUGCUUGUCGUGGUUAUGUGCAGCCAGGUGGUUUUGCCUCUGCAUUGAGACUAAUUUUAAGAAAGAUGAUGUUUGUUGAACAGUCACAAGAAGUGUCUUAUGAAAUAAAAUUACCUUCUGGUUAUAUAAAGAACCCUAAUAAAGACCUAGACGUUUGUUCGAAUAAGCUAGAUACUAUUUUGCGUUACAUUUCUGAAUUAAAUGAAAAACCUGAUAAACAAUUAUAUAAACGAUUAGUAUCACGCUUGUCUCAUAUUGUAAAUAGGUUGAAUUUAAUGGAACCUUUAGAUGAAAUUGAUAAGGACAAGCGUACAGUUCUUAUAGAUAAGGCUAUCGUUCUUCUAUCUGAAUUAGAAAAUAAGGACGAGAUAGAGGAUGAUGAUAAGAUAACUUCUGAAAUGAAAGAACUUUUACAUAAGUCGAUCGGUGAGGAUAGUAAAAAAGUUUUAAAUGAAAUUGAUAACGAUUGUCCAAGUACAUCAAUUGGGGAACAUAAAACUACACUACCUAAUAAUGACAAUAUAGCUUUAUUGAAUCAACAAAAACGGGUUAGUUUUGGACACGAUAUAUUUGAGGAAGGUCAUCUUUCUGACAAGUUUAUUAAUUUGCCUUUAAAUUCUACGUCGCGUGAAGAUUAUAAUACAAUUCGUAAAAAUAAACUUGUGCCAAUUAGUCAAUGGGGGGUUUAUUUUUCCGGCGAUGGUAAGUUUAGUGUAAAUGCUUUCAUUGAGCGUGUGUUCGAACUCAAAGAUGCUAGAAAUGCUACAGAUGAAGAUCUUUGGAGGCAUGCUAUAGAUUUCUUUAAAGGAGACGCCUUAAUUUGGUUUCGUGCCAACAGAGAAUAUAUUAGAAACUGGGAGGAAUUAGUGUCAAUACUGAAGCGUACGUUUCAAUCCCCCUUUUAUCAGGAAGAGUUGUUGGCAGAGGCCAGGUCAAGAACUCAAGGUAGUAAUGAAUCUGUUUUAAUAUUUGUUUCGGUCAUGCAAAAUUUAUUUAAUCGGUUACCAAUCAAAAUUACAGAGAGAGAAAAGAUUUCGGUCAUUGUUAAGAAUCUUCAGCCAUAUUUUCAAAGGGCAGUCUGUAGGGAUCUCAUUUUACUGUAGUGACGGAUCAUAGUGCACUUAAAAUGAUUCAUAAAAUGAAAGAUCCCCAUGGUAAACUGGCAAGGUGGGCUAUGAAAUUACAAGCAUUCAGCUUUGAUAUAGUUCAUAGGCCAGGAAGUUCGAAUGUAGUACCUGAUGCUUUAUCGCGAUCAAUUAAUGCGAUUGAAAUUCAAGCUAAUGGUGUGGAAAUACGAGAAGAACAUAAAAAUACAUGGUAUAAAGAUAAAGUUAAAAGUGUCUUGAAUAGUGAUAGUGAUAUUAAUUGGCGAGUUAGGGAUGGCUUGUUGUAUAAAAAGAUUUGUUUGAAACAAUAUCCUGAUAAGUCUAAUGAUUGGAAGUUAUAUAUUCCGGAGAUUCUUAGAUCUACUAUUUUGAAGCGCUGUCAUAAUGAUGUAAAGGCGGGUCAUUUAGGCAUUCGGAAAACGGUUUUUAGAGUAAAACAAUAUUAUUAUUGGCCGAAUAUUUUAGGUGAUGUGAAACGCCACGUCGGUCAAUGUGAAAUUUGUGAAAAAUUUAAAGUUUCUCAACGUUUGCCUUUUGGUCACAUGGGUCAUCAAAGGCAUGUUAAUAGACCGUGGCAAAUUAUAUCAUUAGAUUUAAUGGGACCUUUUCCAAGAAGCAAAAGUGGUAACACUAUGCUUUUAGUUAUAACCUGUUUUUUUAGUAAAUUUGUUUUACUAUUUCCACUUAGAUCUGGUAAAGCAGAUAAGAUUUGCAGUAUUGUUGAAAGCCAAUUUUUACUUUUUGGUGUUCCACAAGUAAUUAUUUCAGAUAAUGGUAAGCAAUUUGAAUCAAAAUUGUUUAAAGAACUAGUCAAUAGUUAUGGCUCUCAAAUUUGGUAUAC